CCAGAUUCCACACUUACCCCAGCUGUCAUGAGGAGUGCUAGACUCGUCGGGAAGUGUGGGUUGCCUUAAUCGUGACGCUAGCCGGAAGUGCGGCGCCGUUGGCGCAGGGCUCGCUGGGAAAUGUGGUCCCUUCUGGCGGACCGGGGCGGUGGCCGCAAGACCUGCAGACAGGGUGGCCAAUCCGGCGUGCACCCGGGAUGUCUGGGCCGGGUGGCUCCGGGGGCCCGAUCGGGGCCGGGGCCUUGGCAGGUGGGGCGCGCUCCAAGGUAGCUCCGAGUGUCGACUUUGACCACAGCUGCUCAGACAGUGUCGAAUACCUGACGCUCAACUUCGGGCCCUUCGAAACAGUUCAUCGGUGGCGGCGCCUCCCGCCCUGCGACGAGUUCGUGGGUGCCCGGCGCAGCAAGCACACAGUGGUGGCCUAUAAAGAUGCCAUCUAUGUAUUUGGUGGUGACAACGGGAAGACGAUGCUCAAUGACCUCCUGCGUUUCGAUGUGAAGGACUGCUCCUGGUGCAGGGCCUUUACCACUGGCACCCCACCAGCCCCUCGAUACCACCACUCAGCUGUUGUCUAUGGGAGCAGCAUGUUUGUUUUUGGGGGCUACACUGGAGACAUUUAUUCCAAUUCUAACUUGAAGAAUAAAAAUGACCUCUUUGAAUAUAAGUUUGCAACUGGCCAGUGGACAGAGUGGAAAAUUGAAGGACGGUUGCCAGUUGCCAGGUCAGCUCAUGGGGCCACGGUGUACAGUGACAAGCUGUGGAUCUUCGCUGGCUAUGAUGGCAAUGCCAGGUUGAAUGACAUGUGGACAAUUGGCCUCCAGGAUCGGGAACUCACGUGCUGGGAGGAGGUGGCCCAGAGUGGUGAGAUCCCACCAUCUUGCUGCAACUUCCCUGUGGCUGUGUGCCGGGACAAGAUGUUUGUAUUCUCAGGACAGAGUGGAGCCAAGAUAACUAACAACCUCUUCCAAUUUGAAUUCAAGGAUAAGACGUGGACACGUAUCCCCACUGAACACCUGCUCCGGGGCUCCCCGCCGCCCCCACAGCGGCGCUAUGGACACACCAUGGUGGCCUUUGACCGCCACCUGUAUGUGUUUGGGGGUGCAGCUGACAACACUCUUCCCAACGAACUGCAUUGCUACGAUGUGGACUUCCAGACCUGGGAGGUUGUCCAGCCCAGCUCUGACAGUGAGGUUGGUGGGGCUGAGGUGCCGGAACGAGCUUCCACUUCCGAGGAAGCACCCACCCUGACCUCUGAGGAGCGGGGUAGCUUCAAGAAGUCCCGGGAUGUGUUUGGCUUGGAUUUUGGUACUACCUUACCUAAGCAGCCCAGCCAGCCAGCCUCAGAGCUGCCCAGCGGGAGGCUCUUCCAUGCAGCUGCUGUCAUUUCUGAUGCCAUGUACAUCUUUGGGGGCACCGUGGACAACAACAUCCGGAGUGGGGAGAUGUACAGGUUCCAGUUCUCCUGUUAUCCUAAGUGCACGCUGCAUGAAGACUAUGGGCGGCUGUGGGAGAGCCGCCAGUUCUGUGAUGUGGAGUUCGUGCUGGGUGAGAAGGAAGAGUGUGUGCAAGGCCAUGUGGCCAUUGUCACGGCAAGGAGCCGCUGGCUCCGCAGGAAGAUCAUGCAGGCACGUGAGCGAUUGGCUCAGAAGCUGGAGGAGGAGGCAGCCCCUGCUCCCAGGGAGGUUCCUAGUGGAACAAGGCUGCCCCUGCUGCGUGUGGCCAUUCGAGAGGCUGAGGCCCGACCCUUUGAGGUGCUCAUGCUGUUUCUGUACACCGACAAGAUCAAGUACCCAAGGAAAGGCCAUGUGGAGGAUGUGCUGCUCAUCAUGGAUGUGUACAAGUUGGCGCUAAGCUUCCAGUUGUGCCGCCUGGAACAGUUGUGUCGGCAAUACAUUGAGGCCUCUGUGGACCUGCAGAAUGUACUGGUUGUGUGUGAGAGCGCUGCGAAACUGCAGCUGGGACAGCUCAAGGUGCGGGCAGGGGAACACUGCCUGAACUUCGUGGUGAAGGAGUCCCACUUCAACCAGGUGAUCAUGAUGAAGGAAUUUGAGCGCCUCUCAUCCCCACUGAUAGUGGAGAUUGUAAGGCGGAAGCAACAGCCACCCCCUCGCACCUCCUCAGACCAGCCCAUGGACAUUGGCACAUCUCUGAUCCAGGACAUGAAAGCAUACCUGGAGGGGGCAGGUGCAGAGUUCUGUGACAUCACUCUACUGCUAGAUGGGCAUCCACGGCCAGCUCACAAGGCCAUCCUGGCAGCCCGCUCUAGCUACUUUGAGGCCAUGUUCCGGUCCUUCAUGCCUGAGGAUGGGCAGGUGAACAUCUCCAUUGGGGAGAUGGUGCCCAGCAGGCAGGCCUUUGAGUCCAUGCUGCGCUACAUCUACUAUGGAGAAGUCAACAUGCCGCCUGAGGACUCCCUCUACCUUUUUGCUGCCCCCUACUACUAUGGCUUCUACAAUAAUCGGCUGCAGGCAUACUGCAAGCAGAACCUGGAGAUGAAUGUGACUGUGCAGAAUGUGCUGCAGAUCCUGGAGGCCGCUGACAAGACACAGGCAUUGGACAUGAAGCGGCACUGCCUCCAUAUCAUUGUGCACCAGUUCACCAAGGUCUCCAAGUUACCCACACUGCGGUCACUGAGCCAGCAGUUGCUGCUGGACAUCAUAGACUCUCUGGCCUCACACAUCUCUGACAAGCAGUGUGCAGAGCUGGGUGCUGACAUUUGAGAGCACCAUUGGUAUCAAACCAGCAUGGAAAAUGAUGCCAGAUUGGUUGGCCCACUGCAAAGAUUGCUCUGGCCAUUCCUGUGUCUGCAGUGAGCUGUUCCUGUGGAGUCAAGGAUCAGGGUGCUCAGAGCCUCCAAAUGGAGCUCAGCAGGUGCAGGGGACCCCAAAAACCUCAUUUCAUUGAUGUGGACAAAGGACCCACAGGGUUGGAAUAGUGAAAUAGAUCCCCUUUUAAGCUGUUACCUUUUCCUGGGUGGGAGGCCAUGAUUGAAGUGACUGGGACACUACAGGAGACAGGGGACCUGGGCAUCAACCAGUAAUGGGGAGACUAGGUUAACUUCAGAGUUGGGCAUGGGCUUUGGAACACUCAGCCUGGCCCCUGUGGUCUUAUGGAUUCAAGAGUAGUUUCCUGUUGUAAGGGCCCCUCUGACAUGGUAAAGGGGCCUUGGCAGAAUUACUGUGGCAUAAGGGAGUUCCCCUGCACACUGCCCCACAACUCUCAAGAGAAGUCCAUGUAAAGAGUACCUCUGCCCACCAGGACUUGGGAAUACAGACCAGUGACAGGAGGUCUGCUCUUGACUCUGGAGACUAAUUUUGGAGUAAAGAACCCGAGGUCAGUUCCCAGUGCAGCAUAGUCAUGCUGGGCUAGGAGUGGCUUCCAGAAGGACUGCAGAUUCCCAACUCAUCUCUGUGUAGGGGCAAAGCAGAAGUCAGCAGAGAUGCCCCCAAGUAUUUAAUCUGUCAUGGACAUGCUUCCAUUAAAGUCAAAGCAGUGCUACCUACA